AUGGAUCCACCCAUCAGAAGGCCAUCGCAAUCCCUCUGCAAUGCAGCAACUUUUCUUCUGUCGAGACGUACCUCAAAUGCCACUCCCCGUCCUGUCACUCAGCGGUCGUCGCCGUCAAGCUCUCAGAGAAAUCCUGCGUCGAUCAUUCCUCCAUCGCCUGUCUUCAUACACAGCAGGAUCAAUGAUCAUCCAGAUGAUCAGCUCAUUGAUGAUGUCUUCGAUCAAGUUAUAGUGGCUAUUGAUACAAGGGAUUCCGGCACCGUUGGCUGCUCAUACUACUCGGCUCGUGAGGAGAAGCUGUAUAUGCUAGGGGAUAUGCAGUCAUCAGGUACUGACGUGAUUGAUACAAUAAUCUUCCAGACCAAGCCUACCGUGAUAUUAGCUUCGCCUCGAGUUGACUAUGUGCACGGCCAAGGAAGGUCAGGGUCGGAACAAGACAAUAGUAAGAAUUUUCAAUACAUUCACAUGGAAAGCGCGAAGAAUAACUCGAUAGCAGGCUCGGAAUCAUAUCUCCCUUACCAAAUCGAUAUACGACCGUCCCAAGAAUUCGGUCAUGCUAGCGCAAUGUCCAAGCUGGUGUCUCUUGAUGUCUCGUCGAAGCAUGAAGAGCGGAUUAGAUUCCUUGUACCUCAUGCGGGAAUAUUCGACCCUGACCAAAUGGAUACUGAAAGCUUGGACUUCACUUUGCAAGAAGGGCGUCUUCUACAUAUGGGUGGCUCAAUCGAACUGCAGAACACGGUGACAAUGGGCUGUGCUGGCGCUAUCCUGACUCAUCUGCAAAGGCGAAGAGCCACGAUGUCAUCUGGGAAUGGAUCUAUAGAGAUCUUCCGCGUUGCCUCCGUCGAGAUGAUGGGAUUGAAAGGGACCAUGUUUGUCAACUCAAGAACUUUGCUUUCGCUUCAAAUUAUGGAGUCCGAGUCACAUCCAUGCAUGAUCAGUCAAGGAGCUGGAAUAAAAUCUUCGUCUGCGAAGGAAGGACUUUCAGUCUACGGCUUAUUUCAAAGAUUCGCUUUUACACCUCAAGGUAAAAACAUGCUCAAACAAUACUUUCUUCGUCCAAGUACCGAGAUAGACGUGAUCUCCGAACGACAUAAGUUUAUUAAUGUAUACCUGAGGCCGGACAAUUUCAAUGCUCUCAACAAGAUUGUCAGAAGUUUGAAGCACGUCAAGAACCUCCGUUAUGUCUUAAUCAAUCUUCGGAAAGGGAUUAGUACCGGAAGUGCGAAAAUCACUGGCUUCAAAACGACCGUUUGGGCUACUCUUCUGGCCUUUGCCUUCUACGGCAUCGACAUUCACGAUGCCCUCAAAGAAACCUCCACUGGGUGUAGGCUUGAAUUGCACCAGAAGGCCCUUCGAGCUAUUGAGACUGCCCAGCUUUAUAAAGUUGGGAGAAUGGUCCAAGAAAUAGUCGACAUCGAUAGCUCCGAGGAGCAGGGCCGAACAGUUGUAAAGCCAGGGCUUGAUCGAGAACUUGAUAAAAUGAAAGAUACCUACGAUGGGCUGAGCAGCUUGCUCAAGCAAGUCGCCAUAGAAAUUGCUACGACUAUUCCCGAAAGUCUUGAAAUCAACGUCAACGUGAUAUAUUUUCCACAACUCGGCUUUAACAUCGCCAUUCCGUUGACUGAAAGGGGCGAAGCAUCAUACGUCGGGCCUGUGGACGAUUGGGAGCUUGUUUUUGUAACGGAGAAUCGGGCGUAUUUCAAGGACUUCCGAAUGAGGGAACUGGACCAGACUUUGGGGGAUAUUUAUGGGCUUAUAUGCGAAAAGGAGAUUGAGAUUGUUUAUGAGUUAGCACAGAAAGUGCUUCAGUACGAAAAGGUCCUCAUCGAAGCAUCGGAUGUCUGCGGUCAGAUUGACUGUGUCCUUGCAAUGACGCAAGCUGCAAACUUCUAUAAAUUAGUUCGUCCCAAUAUGACAGAGCAGAAUAUUCUUCGAAUCAAAGGAGGACGUCAUAUACUCCAAGAAUUGACUGUCUCGUCGUAUGUUCCAAAUAAUACAUUACUUGUCGGGGGGAUACUAGACGCCGAAGCCCCGGAGUCAACACAUCAGUCUUCAAAAAAGACACCAAAUAUGCUCCUAUUGACCGGUCCCAACUACUCUGGGAAGAGUGUUUAUAUGAAACAAGUUGCACUUGUCGUCUAUCUGGCGCAAAUUGGAAGUUUCCGACUAGGCCGAAGCAACAAGAGUUUUGGAACAGUCUGUGCGGCCAUGAAUGGAAUCAGCCAGCCAAUCGUUGACCGGGCAAACGAACUCAUAUCCCUUGCAACUCGUGGCGAGAAUUUAGUUGCUGCUUGUGCCGUGUUAUCAGCCGAGGAGAUGAGUAUGCUGGAGAAAGCGGAUAAACUGGCAAGAAAGUUUCUUAGUUUUGAUCUUUCAGAUAAAGGCGACUUGGAUGAUGCGGACAGGGUGCUGGACAGGCUCUUUGGGGUUGAUGGUUGA